AUGUCUGUCGAGGAAUUUUGGCAGCAAGUCCCAGCGCGCAACGCAGCGCUCGUCGGGCGGCGCGGCCCUACCGGUGAUUCCGCGCUGGACGAGCUGGUCUGCAAGAAUACCUACGAGGAGUUCGCACCCAACCUCAUGGAAGGCCCUUUCGACACUUUUGAGGCCUGCCCAGGCAGCGACAAGGCGUGGGCAUUCUUGGAGUUGUUCUAUCAGAUGAUUGGCCCCAAACUUGCAGUGCCGGGCGGUCCAAAAUCCCCGUUGCCCGCAGACCAGUUCAAGUUGCUGGGCACUUGGAGUGACCUGUCCGCGUCACCGCGUGAGAUACGGGCCCUGCUGGCCCGCAUCGAUGCGAUCUGCUCUGUGCUUUCGAGCCUACACGGCAAGUUGGCGUUCGCUUCGGGGCAACGCUUCGGCAGGUUCGGCCGCGUGCAUCUCGGGCUUUUGAAGUGGCGCCAGUACAGCAGGCACGGCAACGACAAGCUGAACGACAGCAUUCUGGUUGCCAUCAAGUUCUGGCUUGGCGUCCUGCCUCUGGGCCCCUUCCGGGUGGUACUUUCGGACUGGGCCCUACACGAAGGCACGGACGCCAACAGGCAGAUCGACAAAAAAGAGUGCGUCGCGCCAGCGGGCAGGCUCCAGACCUUCAGUGGCAUGUUGUUCCCAGCACGCUUCGCGGCGCCAGAAAACGUGCCGUGCGUGGCCGUCGGCGCCGGCCACUCGCGCCCCCAUGUUGGCGAGGUCGAGUCCGAGAACAGGUCCGCCGCCGAGCUCCCGCGCGGCGAGGACAUCGAGGCCGGCGACGACUUCGGAGGGCGGGCCGCGGGUGCCCACGGGGUCGCCGCCGCGAGGGCCCCCGGGAGGUUUGCCCUGGACGCGCCCGCGGCCGCGGCGCACCCCGCGCUGUACGGGCCCGCCGUGGUGGUGCAGCUCUUCGAGCUGCCCUGCCACGGCGGGGAGCCCGCGCCGCUGCUCAAGCGCGGGGGCGGUGCCAGCGGGCCAGCGGUCGGCCGGCGCCGCCCCGCCGGGCGCGCCCUGCUCGGCGCGAGCCGCGCGCGCCCCGCGGCCGCGGCCACCGCCGCGGGGCCCUGGCCCCGCCGAGCGCUGCUGCGGGGGGUGCGGCCGGGCUGCUACGCGGCGGUGGCCUUCGUGGACCGCUCGGGCGGGGGCAGGCUGGACUUCUCCGCGCCGCAGCCGCUCGGCUGGUUCGGCGCGGGCGGGGCCUGGGGCGGCGCGGCGAGCGUCCUGCGCGUGCCGGGCGGUGCGGAUGGCGAGGGGCCCGUGAUCGGCCUGCGCCACGCCACGCCGCCGACGGGCGAGGCGCGGGGCGUGGCGGGCGGCAGGCUCCCCUGGGCGGUGCAGGGCCUGACGGUGCUGCACCUGUGGGGGGCGCCGGCGGAGCGGGGCCGUGCGCAGGGCAGGCUGCUUGGCCGGCAGGUCCUCGACUUCCUGGAGUUCUUUAUCAUCGAGGACCUCGUGGGCGGGCCCGCGGCGUACUCCGUGGUGCACGAAGCGUUCGCCUCGGGCGCGUUCGCCGUGGGGGAGGCGUUUAUGAAGGAGUGCCAGGGCAUGGUGGCUGGGAUCGUCGAGGCGACCGACGGAGGCUACGUCGAGACCCUGGGUCGCCGGGUCGACGAGGUGGACAUCGUCUGCCUGAAUGCGCCCACCCUCAUCGUUGAGCGUGCUGGCCGCGCACGCCCGGGGCCAGCUGCCGCUGGCCGGCAAGGGCGCCAAGCGGCUGAGGGGCAGCCCGCCAGCGCGCGAGGUCUCCGAGGGCGGCUGCACGCAGCUGGCCUGCUGGGGCGCGUGCACGGCCGGCAGCGACGUGCGGGGCGGCACCGUGGUGGGCCGCAACAGCCGAGGAUGCGACGUCAGGAAGGUGACGGUCACGCAUUCGCUGGUCUUGGCAGUGGAGCCGGGCCCGCUGGAGGGGUCGCAGCCAGGCAACGAAAUGAAAUGCUACCAGUGAUGUCUGAGGUACGUUCUCUUCAGGUUCAACAUCUUCAGAGCUCCGUGAGAGGCCCCCGUCCAAAAAUCCAACGCAUGAUUGUAAAUAAACUGUCCAACUGUAUGUAUAGCAACUCGUUAGGUGAUUUGUUUUCCAGACGUCUGUUAGACUUGCUCCCCGAAGAGAGGGCACGUAUCCUUACGGUCGACUGGUCUGCCGUUCAGACCGCCCUUGCCUCCUUGCCCGUGGCCCACUCGGCCGCCGCUGCUAGGACGCUCUCGAAGAACUGGCUGACUCAGCGUAGGUUCCAACAGUCUGCGAAUUCGCAUUGUCUCUGUGGGUGCCCCCCAGACCUAGGUGGUGAAGAUGCGUUUGCACACUAUUGGAAUUGCCCCAUUUUUGGCACUCUCCUUGAGAAGCUGACUGGCCCUCUCGCCCCGCUCCCUUUGGACCGGUUUGGGAUUUUGGCACCCACUCAAUCUUCUCUCAGAGUACCAGCCACAGCCUAUUUUCUGUAUAAUGAGAUCAGGGCAAUGUCCUCACGUCUCGGUGGUCGACCGCUGGAGCUGGAUGAGGCAAGGGACCCCAUCGCCGCGGUACAGAUGCAGAUGCAGAGGUAG